AUGGCUGGCACACCAGCGAUGCGCUCGAUGGCGUCUCGGUCGAUCAUGCAGCUGUCCUCGCUGUCGCGCCGGUCGAUCUCGACCUCGGCCUCCCAGGCUCUCCGCGCGAAGCCAAUCCGCGCCAACAGCGUCCAGUCCGUCUCGCGCGUGGCUCGUCGCGGCUACGCCGACGCCGCGCCCUCGCCCUCGCCCGCUCCCAAGCCCAAGAAGCGUUUCCGGGCCCUGCGCUGGUCCUGGCGUCUGACCUGGCUCACCGGUCUGGGUCUGACCGGCGCCCUCGCCUACAGUAUCUACUCUCUGCGUCACCCCGAGGAGCAGAUCGAGCCCGACCCUGAGAAGAAGACCCUGGUCAUUCUCGGAACCGGUUGGGGCUCCGUCUCCCUGCUCAAGAAACUCGAUACCGAAAACUACAACGUCAUUGUCGUCUCGCCCCGUAACUACUUCCUGUUCACUCCCCUGCUGCCAUCAUGUACCACCGGUCUGAUCGAGCACCGCUCGAUCAUGGAGCCCAUUCGCAACAUUCUCCGUCAGAAGAAGGCCACAGUCAAGUUCUUUGAAGCCGAGGCGACCAAGAUCGACUACGAGAAGCGCGUCGUGUACAUCAGUGAUGACUCCGAGAUCAAGGGUGACAUCUCGCACACCGAGGUCCCCUUCGAUAUGCUGGUUAUCGGUGUUGGUGCCGAGAACGCUACUUUUGGUAUCCCCGGUGUUCGCGAGAACUCGUGCUUCCUGAAGGAGGUUAACGAUGCUCAGAACAUUCGUAAGCGUGUUAUGGACUGUGUCGAAACUGCCAUGUUCAAGGAUCAGACUCCCGACGAGGUUAAGCGCCUGCUGCACAUGGUUGUGGUCGGUGGUGGCCCCACUGGUGUCGAGUUCGCUGGUGAGCUGCAGGACUUCUUCAACGAUGACUUGAAGAAGUGGAUUCCCGAGAUUCAGGACAACUUCCACGUCACUCUCGUCGAGGCUCUGCCCAACGUUCUGCCCAUGUUUUCGAAGCAACUGAUUGACUACACCGAAUCGACCUUCAAGGAGGAGGAGAUCACCAUCCGCACCAAGACCAUGGUCAAGAAUGUCACCGACAAGUACAUCGAGGCUGAGGUGACCAAUCCCGACGGAACCAAGGCUAUUGAGACUAUCCCCUACGGUCUACUCGUCUGGGCCACCGGUAACGCUGUUCGCCCCGUGAUCCGUGACCUGAUGGAUCAGAUCCCCGCCCAGAAGAACUCCCGCCGCGGUCUUGCUGUCAACGAAUACCUCGUCGUGAACGGUGCCGAGAACAUCUGGGCCGUUGGCGACUGCGCCAUCACCAACUAUGCUCCCACUGCCCAGGUUGCCGGCCAGGAGGGUGCCUUCCUGGCCCGCCUGUUCAACACCAUGGCCAAGACCGACGCCAUCGAGAAGGAGCUCCAGCACCUGUCCAACACCCAGUCCCAGGCUAAGUCCAACGACGAGCGCAACGAGAUCCUCGACGAGAUCCGCGAACGCCAGAAGCAGCUGCGCCGCACCAAGCAGAUCGGACCCUUCCAGUACUCCCACCAGGGUAGUCUGGCCUACAUUGGCAAGGAGCGUGCUGUUGCCGAUAUUUCCUGGCUGUCUGGUAACAUUGCCAGCGGUGGUACCCUGACCUACCUCUUCUGGCGCAGUGCCUACCUGAGCAUGUGUUUCAGCACCCGCAACCGUGUUCUGGUCGCCGUCGACUGGAUCAAGGCCCGCCUGUUUGGCCGUGAUGUCUCUCGCGAGUAA